CAAAAACAUGAGGUUCACAAUCUUUGUUUCGACUUGUUUGUUUGCCUGCUUUGAUUGCCAGGAACUAGUUUCCGUCGCAGUGAUUUACAGACAUGGAGACAGGACGCCCUUAAGUUUCUACGAAAACGACCCCUAUUCGAAUUUAACUUACUGGCCUGAAGGAGUGGGACAAUUAACCAACGAGGGUAAACUAAGGCAGUACAACUUGGGAAAAUGGUUGAGGAACAGGUACUCGAACUUGCUACCAGAAAGCUACAACCACGAAGAUAUUCUGGUGAAAAGUGACGACAUAGACCGUACGAUCAUGUCCGCACUUGCCAAUCUGGCAGGUUUGUACCCUCCCGACGAGGAACAGAAGUGGUCAGAGUUAAACUGGAUGCCUAUUCCAAUUCACAAUCGUCCCAACGUUGAGGAUUCCGUUAUUGCCAUGGAGAAACCUUGCGACAAGUACGAAAGGUUGUUCGAGGAGCUCAUGGAGAGUGAACACUUCAAACAAGUGGACAGAGAGUAUAAGAAGAUCUACGAAUAUUUGACAGAGAAUUCUGGAACCAAGACGAAAACUUUAAAGGCAGCCAAAGCACUCUACACAACGUUGUCGAUUGAAGAACAAAGGAAUUUAACUCUCCCCGACUGGACUAAACACGUUUACCCAGAUAAAUUGAAAGCGAUGGCCUCACUGAGUUUUCAGAGUUACGUUUAUACAGAUCCACUAACCCGUUUAAGGGUUGGGCCAUUUUACCACGAAUUAAUCGGAAAUUUUAACAAUACCAUAGAAAGUUUAACAAAUGUUAAACUGUGGAUGUUUUCGGGCCAUGAUAAAAAUGUUAUCGCCGUUUUGGCGGGUUUGGGGGCUUUGGAACCUCACAUUCCUCAAUUUGCAAGCACUGUUAUUUUUGAGUUGAAGAGGAACAACGGGGAGUAUUAUGUGGAGGUUUAUUAUAAGCACGGGGAUGAGUUGGAGAGAAUUCAAGUCGAGGGGUGCGACCUGGAGUGUCGGUUUAAUGAUUUUAUUCAAGUCGUGGAGGAGUUCACAGUUGAUCCUUUGACUUGGGAUAAAGAAUGUGAAAAUUAGUCUUUUCUUAAAUUAAGAAUAAAACAUUAUUUAUUUA